AUGAUACCCUCACGCACAGGCCCUAGUCUGGACCUCCGAGAAAGAAAGGAUUCCUCCGAAGAAAAUGAUUGUGAAUUAGACGAAAGCGAACCUGGCAAUGAAACUACACAAUGUUUUGAAAGUGGAGGGACAGAAAUAUCUUCAGAUAGUGAAGAGAAGAAUUUAUUUACAGUGCGUCGGAACAAGAAGAAAAUGCGUAUUCUUUCUAGCUCUGACUCUGAAGAUGAGAGGAGGAGCUUUCCCAGGACAUCCCAAAAUGUAGCGGGUGAUAUCGAAAUUGAAGCUGACGGGACACAGUGGACAAAACUGAAAUCAGGCGGAUGUAGAGGUAGGACGACCAUCCGGAUGAUUUUCAAGGAUAUCGGAGGGCCUAUUGCCCAUGCUAAAAGAAUGCAAUUUUAUAAUUGA